AUGUCUGAUUCAGGUGGGUGUACUCUCACGCCUCAAGCACGUGCCUUCAGUUCCAUCUUGUCAGCUUUCAUUGGAUCAGUCGUCAACGGCCUUACCUCUGGUUACAUGAUCGCAUUCAUAACUGGCUGGAUUGCAUGGUUUGCAUUCUUCCGCGUCGUUAUCGGUGGAUCAUAUAUGUUCUACCGCAGCGUGACGGGGACAUGGACAGUCGAACAAAGUGUCGACCAAUACGAAAUACCCAACAGAGCAACGUCUCCCGACCCCGAAUCAGAUGCCCAGGCUUCUCUCAUCAAUCGAGGAUCCAACAAUCAACUAUACGAAAAUCCCGCUCGAAACGCAUCAACAACCCACCCCCCUAUCUUAAGCGAGCUCCCACUCAGCUCUGCAGAAGAAUACCUUCGCACCGUCUACACCACCGUCUUCACCCAAGACACCUCCCUCGCCCACCUCCCCAAGCAAUCCCCCCUCAGCACCUUCUGGCCCACACGCUCCGACCUCUUAAUCCGCCAACAAACCACCCGCCUCGCCCAACAAAAGCGCUCCGAGCUCCGCACCCACUUCGCCUCAACCCAGGACCUCGAACGCGCCCUCCGCGCCUACCCACGCCUCUACAAACAAGGCAAACUAUCCGGUCUCCCACCACCACUCAUGUCCCCCUACCUCGCGCCGCUGAACCGCGACGUCACCGUCCUGGGCUGGAUCGGCUGGGUAUACAGCGCCGUCUACGCGCCCAUCUCGCAGAUAAUCUGGAUAGCAGCCAAUGCAUCGACCUCCUCCUCCUCCUCCGGCAUAGCCAAGAUCGUAAAAGGGAUUUCCGUAGCCGUCACAGCUUUACCUCUCUGUCUCGACUCCCGCGUCCGUUUCGCGGACUCGUUGCAGAAGAAGAAGCGGUUCGGUGGGACGUGGGCUUAUUAUGCUUUUAACCUGACCAACGCCGCGAGCUGUACAUUGCAAGGCCUCCUCUGCGGCGCCCUGCUCGUCUGGGGCGUGGUUGAAGCGCGCAGCGACACGGAUCCUUUCUUCGCGUCAAGCUUUCCUUGGCCGCUGGUGGCGAUCUAUCCUAUCUUCUCGCUCGUCUGGGCGUUUGGCAGUUUUAGGAUCGUGCCGAUGAUGGAUGGGGGGAGGAAGAGAGCGUCGCAGGCGCAUUGGGCGGGGUAUUUUUUGGAUGUGGGGAUGGGGGUUUUUGCGGGGUUGUUUUUGGCGGCUCCGGCGUUUGCGUUGUAUUUUUCGAGUGUGGAGCCGGGGAUGGGGGAGGAGGGGGCGAGGGAUUUGGGGCAGUUUUUGGAGUGUGAGGUACCGGGUUGGCAGAAGUUUUCUGCUAUAUUUCCUUAA